AUGGCUAGACAAACUAGAGCAAAGGCUGCCGCUCCAGCUGCCGAAAAGGUUAGUGAAAGAUCUGUAGAAGAAAUCGAAGCAGAUUUACAAUUGCCAUCAUCCAGUGACGAGGAACUUUCUGUGGAGGAAGGUUCUGAUGUAGAAGAAUUAAGUGAGGAUUCCGAUGAGGACAUAGCUUCAGAAUCAGAAUCAGAAUCUGAAGGAUUAGAAGGAUCAGAAGAGCCAGAACAAGAACAAGAACAAGAAAUAGUGCACAAGGUUACCAAAUCAAAGCCAAGUACAUCAGCAUCAGCAUCAUCCAAAUCAAAUAAAUCUAAAGGUGUUAUCUACCUUGGUAGAAUUCCACAUGGGUUCCAUGAAAAUGAAAUGAAAAAGUAUUUCGAUCAAUUUGGUGAUAUUAGUAGAUUAAGAUUAUCAAGAAACAAAAAGACUGGUAAAUCUAAGCAUUAUGGGUUUAUUGAAUUCACUGAAAGUGAAGUUGCAAAGGUUGCAGCCGAAACCAUGAAUAACUAUCUUCUUUUCGGACAUUUAUUGAAAUGUCAUGUAGUUCCAAAGGAAGAUGUUCAUGAUGAUUUGUUCAAGGGCAGUGCCACCACUUAUAAGGCCAUCCCAUGGCUGAAGGUUUCAAAAAACAAGCAUGAUUCUGCGAAAAGUAAGCUCCAAUGGGAAAAACUUUCCAAGAAGCACCAACAAGCUCAAAAGACCAAAAUUGACAAGUUGAAAGCGAAGGGAAUCGAUUUUGAUUUAACCAGCAUUGUAUAA